AUGAUUUAGAUCGAUCAUAAUGGCGCAUAGUAUUAUUAGGAUCACAUGGAUAUAUGUAUAUAGCAUACACAUAGACUCGUACACCCCCAAUUUCAAUCGAAGACACUACUUUGGGAAUUAGGAAUAUAAUUGAUAAACUAAAGUCUUUAACCAAAAUAAUUGACAACCCACCUUAUAUUUAUAUAUGUGUAUAUAUAUGUAGCUUCCCCUCAUGUAAUUAUUUGACCCAACAAAAAACGUUUUUUUUUCUUUUUAAUUAAAUACUUCUGGGACAGUUUCGUGAGGCUCUCAAGCGUAUUUCUGCGUGUUUUUAUUUCAGAUUGUCCCUCUUUUUUUUUUUCUUUUUUUUUUGUAAUUCCUACAAUGUUUUGGCUAUGUAUUCGUUUAUUAUGACUUUAUACGCCUUAAUUUGUGGCUGUAAAGGAUCUUACUCAUUCAGAACUAUAAAAAUAUAUAUUAAUUCAAAUUUAUGAAUGAUUAUACCUUGUCUUUUUAUUUUGGAGGUUUCUAGACUUGUUUUUACACAAAUAAAGUAAAAUUAAAAACGAAAGAAAGAAGCUGCACAUGUAAUAAUACAGGAAAUCAGGUAUACAGCUUGAGUUGAAUCCGAAGUAUUUCAGAUUUUAAACAGCAAAAUCAGAUAUGGAAGAAGAAGAAGAAGAAGGUAGAGGUACAUGUUGUGUAACUGGUGGAACUGGCUAUGUGGCUUCGUGGCUCAUAAUGAGACUUCUUCAACAUGGUUAUUCUAUAAGAGCUACCGUUAGAUCUCACUCAUCAUCAGAUAACCAAAGAGAUAUAAGCUACCUCACAAGCCUACCAGGAGCAAAAGAGAGACUGGAAAUUAUGGAAGCAGAUCUGGACCGUCCAGAGAGUUUCAACAGAGCAAUCCAAGGGUGCGUAGGAGUCUUUCAUUUAGCCCAUCCCAUGAACGUGGACGGAAAGGAGACGGAGGAAAUAGUUACCAGAAGAGCCGUGGAAGGGACACUUGGCAUCCUCAAGGCUUGCCUCGCCAACUCGGACACCAUAAAACGCGUCGUUUACACUUCCAGUGCCGUAACGGUUUUGUUCAACGACAACGGAGCUAGCAGCCUAAACGACGAAACGACAUGGAGCGAUCUUGAGGUUUGUCGUCGUAGGAGCAAUAAUGAUAGAGUAAGCUCUUCUUAUUUGGUAUCCAAGACUGUAGUGGAGAGAACCGCCCUAGAGUUUGCGGAGAAGCAUGGACUAGAUCUCGUUACUUUGGUUAUUCCCUUGGUGGUUGGACCUUUUAUUUGUCCCAAGAUACCUUCCUCCGUUUACAUUUCACUCGCCAUGAUUUUUGGUGACCAUGAUAUAUAUAAACAUUUUGUUAAGUUUGAUAUGGUACACAUAGAUGACGUGGCAAGUGCCCAUAUCUUUUUUAUGGAGGAACAUUGUACUGAUAAUGAUGCGAAAGCAAGGAGGUACAUUUGUUCUUCAGCGGAUACAACUGUUCACGAAUUAUUUCAUUCUCUCUCAACAAGAUACCCAGAAUUUCAUAUAUCAUUACUAGAUGAUUUAAAAGAAAUUAAGAUUGAUAAGAAAUAUUCUAGUCUGUCCUCAGUGAAGCUCUUGAAAACUGGGUUCAAGUUCAAAUUCGGCCUCGAUGAAAUGCUUGCGGGUGCUAUUCAAAGCUGCAAAGACAAGGGUUUUCUUUAAAUAAAAUAUGUAAAAAGAUUAUUAUUUUUUUCUUUUCCUUCAACGUGCUUGUCAAUUAGUGUAAAAAUUAUAUUAGUUUAUUAGCUGUUUUUUUUCCUUAUGUUUACACGUUGACAUUCGUCUCAUUUUAAUAUAUAUUUUUUCAAUUGUUAUCUUGGUGACAGAA